CAUUAUUACCCCCAGAUUAUAAGUUCAGACGUUUGCUCCGUCAAAACCUUUUUACGACUAAGACUUUGUAUAACGUAGAUCCUUUUGUCCCAAUGUCUUAACUUAGUGCAAGGGAUAUAAAAUAUCCAACUUGUAGCCAUUAAGUUAUUUACUGAUUAACAAGUCUGACUGAUGAGAACAGAUGUCUAAACUCAUCUCAGCAUGGCCAUGCAUUUCUUCAGUCAUACUUAUCAAGGGCAUAUCUACGAGCAAUUGUGACGAGGCUUGUGGGAUUCAAGUUCUCGAGCCAAGUGCUACGGCUGUGGCGAGAUUGGCCACAUCAAGCCAAGGUGUCCAAAAGCCAAACACGGCAAGGAUAAGCCUGGCUUCAAGAAGCAAAGGGCUUACAUCUCUUGGGGUGGUGACUCCGGCGACUAGUCAACUGACCAAGAAGAGGAGGAAGCCGCCAACCUCUGCCUCAUGGCGCACGAAGAUCAAAACGACGACGUCCAAGAGCGGAUGCUCCAAGCACAUGACCGGGGAUGCAUCCAAGUUUCUCCAAAUUAAACCCGCUAAAGGAGGAAACAUGAUUUUUGGAGAUAAUAGCAAGGGAAAGAUUAUCGGCAUUGGUUCAGUAGGUAAAUCUGAAAACUCCUCUAUAGAUAAUGUUUUGCUUGUUAAAGAUUCACUCGAAAUAUUACACGUUGAAGACGAUGAAGAAGACACGCCAUUAUACACCAACCCGCAACCACAACCUAAGGAAACACCACAAGUGACGGUCGAAAAUGAGGACCAAGCAGACGAAGAAGAACAAGAGGAAGCCCAGGAACAAGAGGAAACCGAGCUUCCCAUCGCUUGGAGAACGCACAGGAACCAUCCACUUGACCAGGUAAUCGGCAGCAUCAACCGCGGGGUAAGUACUCACAAGAGCAGGGCAGGAGCUUCCGCCAAAUCCAAAGCCAAAUCCCUGGCGCCUACGACAUCCUCCAAGGAGCGCCUCUACUACGGCGACGGAUCGUACCUCUGGUUCGAUUCUGAGGAGGAGCGCACCCGCUUUCUCACCUUCUUCUCUAAACGGGUUGUGGCUCCCCCACGGAUCAUCCCGGAGCGCUACCCGGAGCUGCAGGGCUUCGACGACCUAGACGCGCAGCUUCUUCAAGCCAGCCUUUGGCCGUUCGUCUCCCGGGCGCGAAAGGGGAUCAACCCGGCGUUGAUCCGGGCCUUCUACUCCAACCUCCGGCGUGAGGACGACGUGCUCUACUCGCGUGUCAAGAGCAUGCCGAUCGAGCUCACCGUGGAGCAGCUUGGGCGCAUCGCCGGCCUCCCCUUCCAAGGCGAAGACGUCUCCCACUAUGGCAGAGAAGACUGGGUCCUCAACAACGAGGGCAAUAUCCUCAACGAGCUUGGCAUCACCGAGCUCAUCCGCCAUGCCUCGGGCCGCCCCACCAUCCACUCCGCUAACCACGAAGGCCGUCUCUUUGUCAUGAUCAACAUGACGAUCGCCGCGUCCACCGACCACGACCACCUCCUCCCGUACCCGUUUGUGGUGAUGGACAUCCUUGAACGGUUCAAGGUAACCACCACCGUUCGCCCGCUCACGAAGGCCACGAAGCUUUGGACAAUCAGCAACCAAACCUUCACCAAGCAGUCGAAUAACGCCGCGACUGCCACUGCCGAGCCACGCCGCGUGUCCACUGCUGCUGGCCCAGCCGAACCCCAGGCCUGGGCCAACCUCGCCUCCAUCGCCGACUCUCUCAACCGGCUUCACCUCAAAGUCAACGGGAUGGAAGGGUACGCCAUGAACGCGUACUUCCAAGGCAUUAACUACGUCCCUCCACCACUCCACGGCACCUUCCUCGGGGAAGUGUACGGUGAUGAAGACGAAGAAGAUGGCUCCUUCUCCCAGUCAAGCUCCCCGGGCGAGGAUAAGUUCGACGAUGCCAUUGAUGGUGAUGAGAUGGACGUCAACGACGAAGAAGAAGAAACCGAAGAUGAAAAAUAGGACACCCCUAGAAUUUCUAUCUCUUUGUUUAACUAUCUUGUUUUUUUAAUGCUUCUGUUGUACUCUGCUAUUUCUCUUUAAUAAAUAAAAUUAUCUUUUUAUCUUUUUGUUAAUGUCAAAAGGGGGAAGAAAAGGGCUAUGCAUAU